AUGUCAUCAGCAUUUGUUGAACUUCUUCGUAAAUCUAAUCUAGAUUAUAUUGUUAAACGAAAAUCAUUUAAAAUUGGCUCACAAAAUGCUGAUAUUAUAUUUGCAUCAUUUAUUAAUAUGAAAACGAAAACAUUACAAUUAAUUGCUUAUUUGGAUAAGUCAGAAUCAGUCAUACUAUGGUCAACAUCAUUAGAUGAACGUACAUUUCAAUUAAAUGCACGUCUUUUAGAUAUAACAGAACUUGGUGAAACGAUGAUUUUUCUUUCUGAACGUUUAAAUGAGUCAGAUUUUACAUUUGCUAAUGCUAUAUCAACAAAUACUCAAAAUCAAAAUGAAGUUUUACCAUUGAAUAUAACAUUUACGCAUCCAAAAACUAAACAUUCAAUAACUCUGCAACUUGAUGAACAAAUUGAUGAACGAGAAAAAAGUUCAUAUUUAAGUAAAAUUCUUUUACAUGUUUAUAAAUGUAAUGAACAAUUAUCUGCUGAAGUUAAAACACAACAAUUACGUAUUACAGAGUUAACCAAUAAAACACAAUAUGGCCAAUUAGAUUCUAAUCGAAAUUCUAACGAUAAUAAAUUACAUGAUAUAAAUGAUCAAAAAAAUAAUCUGAUAAAAUCACAAGAACGUAUACAAAGAAGUUUAAUUAAUCCAACGGCUAAACGACGUAAAAAAGCAACCGGUGUCAAUUACGAUGAUGAAGAUAGUGAUUAA